UGGGAGUCGAGUCGUAGUGAAAUCUGCGUUUAGAGAACCGUCAUGAUGGCGAAGAGAGCAGGGAGACUAAAGAACCAGCUGCCGACUUGUUACUAUGAAGGAUAUCUGGAGAAGAGGUCGUUCAAAGACAAGACGUCCAGGAAACUGUGGACAUGCCUGUGUGGAAGCACGCUGUUUUUCUUCAACGAUAAGAGAGACACCGAUUACAUCGAGAAAAUUGAUCUCAAUGGACUGAUUUCAAUAACAGACGACAGCAGCCAGGACCGAAACUUAGACGCAGCCAGACUCCACAUCCAGAUGAAGAGUGGAAACAUUAAAAUCACUGCCCCGAACGCAGAAGCUCGUGAGCUUUGGAAGGGUUACAUCAGCUCUGUGGCAAAGCUGUCUGUUCCCACCGCCCUCAACCUGCUGCCGGGUCAGAUCCACAUGCUGAAAGAGGCCGUGGAAAGUGAAAAGGAAAGAAUAAGAAGCGUCCCUCCACCUCCUCCUGUCCCCAGCGGCUCUCCUUACAUCACCCUCCAGGCAGACAUGCCAGCUUGUUAUCACGCCGUUUCCCGCCUGGAGGCAGAGCUGCUGCUGGAGAGAGAAGCCAAGAACGGAAACCUGAUGCUGAGGCCUGGCAGUAGCGGAAACUCCUUCGCUGUCACCACCAGACAGGAUCUUGACGGCUCUGUAUUCAGACACUACCGAGUGACCCGCAAUCCCGAAGGAGGCUUCACCAUCGACGUGGACAAUCCUGUCCAUUGCGACACCCUACACGAAGUGAUCGACUAUUUAGUAGAGAAAACCGACAGAGUUUUGGUUCCCCUCAUCAUCGAGGAAGCGUACGAGAAGAACAUCUCUUUUAUUCAGUCAGAUAAUGAAAAUGGAGAGAGGAGUGUUCACCAGGCUCUGCCAAAUGUUGCUCCACCGAGUGUUCCUCGCAAACCAGUGCCUCGAAAAAUACCAUCUCCCGAACCAGAGCCAGAGCCAGUCAUAGAGGAGAAUUAUUAUCUGAAUGACGAUAUGGAAGAGGAGGAAGCAGAGGGGGAAGAUUCCACGGCUCCUCCGCCACCACCCGAAAACAAACCCCCGAAGAAAGCAAUGAUGCCUCCACGUCCUGCUCCUCGCAAGUCGAUUACUGCAGCAACACCGUACUCCUCCUCUCCCCCCUCCACAAACAGAGAUUCCAGGAUGAGAUCAGAUACAGACCCUCAAAAACAGAUUCCCCUCGCAGCAAUAUCAGAGCUGAAGCUAAGGUUUGAACAAAUGGCAAAGACUCAGUAGUGACCUCUCCUGGUUGGAUCCCCUCAAAGCACAUGUGUGGAAAAAGUGCCACAGUAGUGAGGAGCCGCCUCCCAGUUCGUCGCUGCAGCAAGCGGCGACACAUGGGAGCUGACAACAUCUCCCUCCUUCGCCUCGAGGCUCCGCUGCUCCUCGCCGGUUUGCUGUCAGCAGCCUCUCUGAAGAUUAACGCCACAUCGAUUCGCCUCCUUCUCGGAUGCUCAUUAGCCGAUUGAUCGACUGUAAAGAGGGGUGUUCCUGUCACAUUAUCUGCACCGAGUUCCUCUUGUACAUUUUGCACAUUCACCACCGACAGUGGUUCCUUAACAGAUUCAGAAUCAGUGUUUUUCUCUAUUUCUUUUUUUUUGUAUGAUCAGCUGUCGAAGCUUUUUUUAAAACACAGCUUGAAGGUUAAAUUUGUUCUGCUUUACAGACAUGUGAUGUUAAUAUAUAGCAAUUUAUAUAUAUAGAGGACAAAUGUACAGUGAGUCAGCUCCUCAAUGCAAGAAAACAGAUAUUUGUUGGACAGUUUUCCCGUCUAUAUAUGAAUGUAUUGUAAAUAGUUUUUUAAAUCUGUCAAAAUCUGAUUGCAUGUGAAGAUGCAACUUCUACUAUGUGCCAAGAGGACAGUACAUGAAGUUCUGUACUUUGUCUAUUUCCUGUUUUACACUGUUUUUGUACAGCUGAGCCUUUUUCUUUAACUCCAUUUGAUCCCGUGUUGAAACAGACAUGCGAGAAGAAAGUGCUCUCACUCCUUUAUUACCUCAAUGACUGAUACAUUAUAGUGGAAAAAAUUAAACUAUUUACAAUAAAACUGUGACGUUUCUGUCAGCAUGUGAAAUAAAGUGAACAUAAUCCUC